AAAGUGCAGGAGCGAGCCGGUGGCUCCCAGAGCGGCCGGGGCGGGCGCGGCCGAGCCCCCAGCGCGGAGCGGAGCAUCGCAGCGCAGCGGAGCGGAGCGGAGCCCACCUGCCCGGGCAGCACCGCCGGACCGACACCUCCGGCUUACACACACAUAUAUAUACAACAACAACAACAAUAUAGACAUAUUUAGGGGUUUUUGGCUUUUUUUUUUUUUUUAAAUCCUUCCCCCCGGCUUUUCCACCAGGACUUUUCCACCGCCUUUGGGACAACCCGCAAACUUGUCGCUCGCUGCCCCCUUCACCACUUUCCCGGUGGUUGUUUUUAUUUUUUUUUAUUUUUUUUUUUUCCGGGGAGUAAGCUCCUUUUGGUUUUUGUUUUGCUACUUUGAUUUUUUUUUUUUUUUUUUUUUUUUUUUUCCCCUCCUCUCUCUCUCUCCUUGGGAAGACCCGCCUGCCUCUCUCGCCUGCCGGAGAGGCCGGGAGCGGCUCCGGCGGCGCGGGCAGCACCUCCCCGGCGCACGGCGUGCGAGCCCGGCUCGGCUCGGCUCGGCUCGGCCCGGCUCGGCUCGGCUCGGCUCGGCUCCCUGCGGCCCGGCACGGCCCGGCUCGGCUCGGCACGGCUCGUCCCGGGCGCUCGCCCCCGAUAAUGCAGAGCUACAAGUACGACAAGGCGAUCCCGCCGGAGAGCAAGAAUGGGGGCAGCCCGGCGCUCAACAACAACCCGGCCAAGAGCAGCAGCAAGAAAGCGCUGCUCAUCUGCCUCGACUGCCUCUGCCUCGUCAUGGCCGGGUUGCCCUUCCUCAUCAUCGAGACAAGCACAAUCCAGCCCUACCAGAGGGGCUUCUACUGCGACGACGACAGCAUCAGGUACCCGCAGAAGAACGUGGAGACCAUCAACGAUGCGGUGCUGUGUGCUGCAGGCAUCCUCAUCGCCAUCCUCGCGAUCAUAACGGGAGAGCUCUACCGCAUCCACUACCUGAAGGAGAAAUCCCGCUCCUUCAUCCAGAACCCCUACGUGGCAGCUCUCUACAAGCAAGUGGGCUGCUUUGUUUUUGGCUGUGCCAUCAGCCAGUCCUUCACAGACAUUGCCAAAGUGUCCGUCGGGCGCUUGCGGCCGCAUUUCCUGGCCGUGUGCGACUUGGAUUUCUCCACCAUCAACUGCGCCAAGGGAGUUUACAUCCAGAACUACACCUGCAGGGGAAGUGACAGCAGGGUGCAGGAAGCCAGGAAAUCCUUCUUCUCUGGGCAUGCAUCCUUCUCCCUCUACACCAUGCUGUAUUUGGUGUUCUAUCUGCAGGCCAGAUUCACGUGGAAGGGAGCCCGCCUGCUGCGUCCCCUGCUGCAGUUCACGCUCAUCAUGAUGGCGUUUUACACCGGGCUGUCGCGCGUCUCCGACCACAAGCACCACCCCACCGACGUGCUGGCAGGCUUUGCACAGGGAGCCCUGGUGGCUUACUGCGUGGUGUUUUACGUCUCAGAUCUCUUCAAGCCCAAGACAAAGACUUGCCUGCCUCCACCUCCCAUCCGGAAGGAGAUCCUUUCACCUGUGGACAUCAUUGAGAGGAAUAAUCAUCACAACAUGGUGUAGAACUUCGAGGAAUCAGAUGGGUGUUGUAUUUUAAACUUUUUUUUUUUUUUUUUUUUUUUUUUUUUUUUUUUUUUUUUUUUUUUUUUUUUUUUUGCGAAGAAAAAGUGACUGCUGACAGCAACUACCUGCUGCUCUCAAAUCUCAUCAGACAGUAGAAUGUAGGGAGAGACUUUCUUGCCCGACCAGUAACGUCUUACUCUGUGGUCUUUUCAACUUGCAACAUUUGGAUGAAAGGUGGUGGUCAACUAAGGCAAAGGCAACAACGAGAAAGGAAAAUAAAAAAAACCCCACACAACACAAAAAGCCGAACAAAUAAAGAGAGGUGCCGGAGUUCUGGAUGUGCAAUUGGUUUGAGUGUUCAUGUUGUAGUGAACACCAAGUUGUUCCUAGCCCAGUGAACACUAAGGGAUUUUUGGGAAGCUGGCCAUCCUAGAUUUUUUUUCUGACGAUGAUUUCCAAUGCCUGCGAGAAAAAAACCAAAAAACAACUCACAACUAAAUUGUAUAGCACUAUGUAUGAGCAACAGCACUGAGUCAAGACCUGGGAUUGGUUUGUGAGAGUUGCUUUUUUCCUCUUUUUGAUCCUAGUUUAUUUUUGCCUCCUCUCCUCCACACUGUGACUUAAUUCAGAAGAAGCUUGCCCAGUCCAAGGUCUCCGAAGGGUCUGUGUUCUCUCUGCUCACACUACACGCCUGUAACCAGCGGCCCCAAGAUGCGCCGGAGAGCUCUUCCUGCUGCAGAGAAACCUCUUCUCUUCCUCCCUGCUCGCUCCCACCCGAGCCUCCCUGGGGGAAAAGAGCAUCCUCACUUCCCAGCCAUCCCCUUUUCCCCCAGAAUAAACCCCCAGCAGGUUCUGUGUGUGCGGGUCGGCGCGAGGGCAGCGCGGCUCUGCCGGAGACUCGUUCGCACUACGGCCCCGGGGCUGAGUCCCGGGGAAACUUGGAUUCUGCAGUUCUGGGACGGGCUGCUGGGCGGCACGUCCCGGCCUGGCUGUCAGUCGGUUUGUGCAUCCCCUCCUCUCCUCCUCCUCCUCCUCCUCCUCCUCCCUGGGGCAGCCCCAGGUCCUGUGCUCCGGGUCACUCCAGAGGGAGAUCAGCUGUGCCUCUCUGGGGUGUGAUGCUGAAUUUUCUUUCCUGGGUCACUCUGGUGAGAAAUCAGCUGUGCCUCCCUGGGGUGUGAUGCUGAAUUUUCUUUCCUGGGUCACUCUGGUGGGAAAUCAGCUGUGCCUCUCUCUGGGGUGUGAUGCUGAAUUUUCUUUCUUGGGUCACUCUGGUGGGAAAUCAGCUGUGCCUCUCUGGGGUGUGAUGAUGGAUUUUCUUUCCUGGGUCACUCCACUGGGAAAUCAGCUGUGCCUCUCUCUGGGGUGUGAUGCUGAAUUUUCUUUCCUGGAUCACUCUGGUGAGAAAUCAGCUGUGCCUCUCUCUGGGGUAUGAUGCUGAAUUUUCUUUCCUGGGUCACUCUGGUGAGAAAUCAGCUGUGCCUCUCUCUAGGGUGUGAUGCCGAAUUUUCUUUCCUGAGUCAUUCCAGUGGGAAAUCAGCUGUGCCUCUCUCUGGGGUGAGAUGCUGGGUUUUCUUUCUUGCCCAGAAGCCACAGGUGCUUGGUUUGCAGCCCUUCCACGAGCGUUUGCAAAGGGAUCCCGCAGAGCACGCAGAACGGCCAUUUGCACAUCCUCCUCACAGAAUCCGUCCUAUCAUUUCAACUUAUAGCAAGCUAUGUUUGUUUUUUUUUUUUAUAUUAUAAAUAUUAUAUAAAUAAUGUAUAAAACCUUAAAAAUUAACUAUGUAAAAUAUUAUUUCUGAAACAAUUUUAGAUAUAUCCACUAUGACUAUAAACUGUGUCCUGACCUGUGUUAUUUACAUUUUGCUGCUUAAAAAAGCAUUGAAUUAAUUUUUUUAUAGUCGACUAAAAUAUUGUAGUUCUGUGGUAGUAAUAUUUUAAUGAAAAUAACUACAAUUAGAGACAUUUGUAUAAAAAAAAAACAUAUUAAAUUGUCUGUAUUUUUGUAAUGUUCCAUUUUGUAAAGAGAAGAAUAUUCAAAGACUUUUGUAGAAUACAAAAUUGAAGUUUGUAUCUGCGAAAUUAUUGCUGUAUAAAUGUGCUUUUUAAAUAAAAGCUCAUAACACAACUAAA